AACCGUCCCGCGCUACGCGGAAAUAUAAAGGAGGAUUUUCACCGGUUGAGUCAUAUUUUCUUUGAGAUCAAACUCGAGAAGAAUCCAAAAAUGAGUGGCAGAGGAAAAACCGGAGGCAAAGCCCGCGCUAAGGCAAAGACCCGUUCCUCCAGGGCCGGGCUCCAGUUCCCCGUCGGCCGUGUUCACAGGCUGCUGAGGAAGGGCAACUAUGCCGAGCGUGUCGGUGCCGGAGCCCCCGUCUACCUGGCGGCUGUGCUGGAGUACCUGACCGCUGAGAUCCUGGAGCUGGCUGGAAACGCUGCCCGCGACAACAAGAAGACCAGGAUCAUCCCCCGUCACCUGCAGCUGGCUGUCCGCAACGACGAGGAGCUCAACAAGCUGCUUGGCGGAGUGACCAUCGCUCAGGGAGGCGUGCUGCCCAACAUCCAGGCUGUCCUGCUGCCCAAGAAGACCGAGAAGCCCGCCAAGAAGUAAAUCUGGACCUGGCUGACUGCUAGAAAACAAACCAAAGGCUCUUUUAAGAGCCACACACUCCUGAUAAAGAGCA